GGCUUCUACACCCUCUUCCGCACGUGUCUGGGCGUCGGUCCUUCGCUGCUCCCGAAGGGCUGUGUGCCACUGUCUACGCACGCCAGUCGGUCCCCUCCGCGUCCGGCUGGCGCGCCGGCCCCCCUGCGGCCCUCGGCCGGCCCCGCCCGCCGCUGUGUGGGUGUCGGGCUGGCCGUGCGCAGAGGGGCGCGGCUCGGCCCUCCCCCUCGCCCGCGGCCCCGACUCAGCAAUGACCCCGACCGAGGCGCAGCGGCGCUGAGCCCGGGAGCCGAACCGCCGCUGCAGAGAGGCCCGAGCCGGGGACGGUGGCGUGGGCGGCCAGGCGCGGCUGCGGCAGGGCAGGGCCGGGGCCGGGCCCGCGUCCCGGGAAGCCGCCGCCGCCGCCUCGGCCCGGGAUCGCGAGCGGCGGGUUCGCUCGGCCCGGCCCCGCCUCGCCUCGCCGCCCCGCCCCGCCCCUGCGCGCUGAGCAGGCCGAGGCGGAGCGGCGCGCCCCCCGCGACGCCCGAGCCCGAGCCGGAGCCGGAGCGCAGCGGCAUCGGAGCGGGAACCGAAGCGGGAACCGGAGCUGGAGCUGGAGCUGGAGCCGGAGCGGGAGCCGAAGCUGGAGCCGGCACUGCGGCGCACGGAGCGGAGCGCGGCAGCCAAGCCGAGUGAGUGGAGGGGCGUUCCCUGCGAGAAUCAGAGCCGUGCCGCGGGCAGGCUGGCUCCGCUGUUCUGCUCCAAGGAUUACAUGUCCUUCAAACGCCCCUGCCCCUUGUCGGAGGAGCACGCCUACAGCCGCUCGAGCCGCAGGGUGCGCUACGCCUGCAGCCCUGUCGAGGACUGGCCCCCGCCCUUGGACGUCAGCUCAGAUGGAGACGCGGACGCCACGGUGCUCAGGGAGCUGUACCCAGACUCUCCACCAGGCUACGAGGAGUGUGUGGGGCCAAGGGCCACAGAGCUGUAUGUCCCCACGGACGCGCCACCGCCCUACUCGCUGACCGGCUCCUGCCCUAUGCUGGACAGCGCCCUCGAUGGAAGCAGCGGCCAAAGCCCCAGCCAACACCAGCAGGUGCACAGGACCAGGGACCAGAGUGGCCUCCGCAGCGCCUCCAUGGACACUCUGCCCCCUUACGAGGCCGUGUGUGGGGCCAGCCUCCCCUCGGGCCUGCUGCCACUGCCGGGACCAGAACCAGGGCCAAGGGGCUCUGAGAGCCCGCCCAGCCCCACCCGGGGCCCUACCUCGGGCCUAGAGAGGAUUGUGUGAGUGACCCAGCUGGCCAGCUCCUGCUGGAACCUCUGGUCUGAGCCAUGCUCUUCAGGCACACACGGGCACACACACACACAGAGAUACACACAUGACCUACAUACAGCUCGCUGACACAGGUGCGCACACGGACACGCCCCAUGUGCACACGAUCUAGGCAUGUACCUCACGUGUGCAGACGCAGGCCCCCGCCCAAACCCACCUGUGCAGGUGCCCUUCAUGCCACUCUCCCGCCCUGGCUUCUCCCUAGCCUGCCGGAGGUGCCUCUGUGGAUGGCGGGGGGUGGGGGGGGCGGGGAGAGAAGAAGUUGGAAAGGGCCUUUCACGGCCCUGUCCCCAGGCCUGUUUGUCCCUUCCCUGCCCAGCAGGCUGUGCCCACAUCCUAAUUCCGCCUUUGGAAACUUCUGGGCCACCCCAGGUCAGCUGCCUGCCCAAACCCCAGCCCCAGGGCCAGCUCGUCCUCCUGGGAGGUGGAGCAGCCCUGGGGAGGCCCGGCUGUAUGCUGUGCCUGUCUCUCAAUUCCAGGGCAGAAGAAUCACAACAUCACCACCCUCCCCCUUACAAGGGUAGGGGAAGCAGGUCCGGGGGCUCAGGUGCAACCUGGAGACCCUUGCAGCCCGCUGAGCCCCCACCCACACAGGACCCUCCGUCUGGUGCUGCUAGUGGAGCUCGGAGCUCUCCGCUGAGCGGGCACUUGGUGGCUGUGCAGUGGCGUUGGUGGGACCCAGCUGUUCCCACAUGAUGCCAACCACAGCCUGGGACUGAGGUCUUCAAAACGGAUGAGGCCAUGACCUUCUCCAGGUGGUCUCAUUGCAUCACUGCUGGGACACCGCUCUGAAGCAGAGACGUGGCCCCUUGCCCAGUGUGUGCCACGUGGCACAGUGGCCCCAGGAGCUGGUGCCGUCCUCCUGCGUGGCAGCACGUGGCUGGGAAUUGUGAGUCGCCACCUUCUGGCCUUGCCCUUCCCUGGUUCUUGCAGAGACAGAAAUCAAGGGGCCCGAGCCUGGUAAAGGCCUCUGUGUCACCACGAGACGACCAGCGGUCUUGUGACCAGGGAGGCUCCCGUCAGCCCGAGUGCAGAAGGGCUCAGAUCUCUGCUCAUGAAUCCAAGAACUUCCAUCGGAGGCCACACAAGGCAACAGGUGAUUCCUGAAGACUCAGCCUGCCGAGGGUGGUGGCCCAGCAUCUCAGAGCGUCCCUGCCAGCGUCGCCAGCGGUGGGGCGGUGGGGGCAGUCGCCCUGCCUCCCCACUCCCCACCCUUAGCCACUGGCACCCCUGUUCAUCCUCCUCCCCACAUCUCAACUCCUCCAAUGAAGGGCUAAGACAAUUCCAUAAUCCCUUUCUGAAGCUGAGGGGUGGCAAAGACGGCGACCUUGAACUUCAUUUUUGGUAGCGAUCGCGUUUCUUCUGGUGCAGAGCCGAAAGGAACCCACCCACAGGUCCCGUAGCAUCCUGGAGCCCCAGACUCCGCCUGGGGGAGGGGCCUUGUUUACAAGUUCUGUGCGCCUCGGUGGUGCACCUUUUCCUAGGCAGAGCUAUCUGUCUGCUGUACUUAGAGCCUUUAACAUGUAGCCCAGGGACAAGACUUUCUGAAGAAAUGCAUCUUGCUUCUGCAACUCCUGAGCGUGCUCAGGGGGAGAAGAGGAAAGAUUAAAAAAAAGAAAAAAAAACCCUGAGUCCUCAUGGAGUGUGUGAGGGAUGGAGCCAAACAGCUUUUCUUGUUCCUGGCUGAGGCGCUGAUUAAGCAGCAAUGUAUCUUUUCUGUGUUCAAAAUAAAUACAUUAUAUCAAUAAAAUAUAGCAACAA